CCACCCCCAUCUGUCCGUCCACAUGGCCCACCAAAGAGCGCGAAGCGGGUCGACCGUGACCUUCCGGGAGCAGCCGGCGCCAGACCGCUCGCAGUUCUCGCCCACGCGGCCGACGCCUUCGAGCGAGGCGUCGUUCGAGUCGGCCUCGGGCGCCCAUCCUCGCAUGGGGCGCCGCCGGGCCUCGACCGUCACCUUCGUCGACCGGCCCGCGCCAUCCCCGGCUGGCAACAGCCGGCCCCCGCUUCCGAGCGCGGCAGACUCCGACUCAUACCUCAAGGCGCCCCCGAGCCUCGGGCGGCGACGUGCCUCUUCAAGCGCGACGCUCUUCCCCGACGAGCCGUACGGUGACAAGCUCAAGUCCUUCGAGAAUGCCAAAGUCAAGUCCCUCGAUGACGACGAGCUCGGCGAGGACGACGACAAGCUCGGCAAGUCCCUCGACGAUGACAAGCUUCGCAAGUCCGUCGAUGAGGAGAAGACGGAGGCCGGCCCUAGCGUGUACGUUCCCGCGAGGCUGGGCCGGAGAAGGGCCUCGUCCAUGACGCUCGUGGCGCCUGCGCCGCUGAGGCCGGCCAAGUACAAGCUUCGACGACCCUCCUCUCUCACACUCGCUCCUUCCACCACGGGCAUGGAGGACGCCGUCGACCUGCUGCCGGCGUUCACACGCGGCGACACGUCCGACCCGCCGCGUGGUCCGAAGCUCAGCGCACGCCUCCGCGCUUUCUGCAAAUGGCCCGGCGCGCUCGACUGGACGGCCGACGGCGGGCGGCUGCGCUACCUCGACUCGCUGAAGCUCAUCGCCGCGAUCACACUUCUCACUGCGACCGUCUUCACCAGCGCCACGCGCGAGUGGGCCGGCGCCUCGACGCUUCUCUACCCCGUGCGCUCCGACUUUGCCCUCUCCGUCUUCAUGGUGCUCGUCGGUCGCAUCCUGCCGCUGCCCUGGCUCGAGCCGCUGGCGUCCGGCAAGGCUGCGGCACCCACCAUCCCGGCGUCAAUGCGCCAGUUCGGACAAGCCCUUCUCCGGCGUCCGUUUCGCUUCCUGCCCGUGCUGCUCAUCAGCGGGCUGCAGUACGCCGUCGGACGCGCAGGCGGCCCCUUCGCCACGUCGGAGCCGCUGCGCCAGCUCUUCGGAGGCGUUGCCGAGCUGCCGCAGUGGACACUGUCCAACGACCGAGCGUGGGCAGGGGUCGCAACGUCGCUCUUCGUCGCCAGUGACAUGUCCGUGCAUCUGCGCAGCACCUCAUCGACGCUGUACACCACCCCGUGGCUCCUCCAGGGCAGCCUGUACAUCCUCGGCGUCGCAACGUUCUCCGGACUGUUCAAGAACAGCUCGCGGCAGGCCCUCUUUGUCUUCCUCGCCGUCGUCAACUGGUGCACGUACUCGUUCCUGACGCCGUUCAUGCUCGGCCUCAUCAUCGCCGACCUGAGCGUGUGCGGCACCCUAACCCGCCUCAGCGCAGGGGGCACGAGCAACAGAGCUCUCCGCACAGGUCUGCAGUGCGCCGUCGCGGCCCUGCUCGCCGUGUUCCUCUUUGUCGCGCCGCUGCGUGAGGGCCUCUCGAACGCACUUGCGCACGCGCAGGUGCUGCAUGGCACGGAAGGCGACCCUCUCACCUCGGGCCAUCAGCUUCUUCGCUUCUCCGACGUCAUCAGCGCAGCACUCAUGGUGCUCCUCGCCGAGGUGGCGUGGCCCGUGCGCGCGGUCCUCUCUUUCCGGCCCCUGGCAGCCCUCGGACGCUUUGGUGCCGCAGCCGUCGCCAUCUCGCAUCCUCUGGUGCUAUUCUACCUCGUUCCUCGGCUCUACCAGCCCUCGUUCGAUGCGGUGGACCAUAGCGCCGGCUCGGUGCUUCUGCGGCUCUGGGGCCUGACGCUUGGCCUGUCGCUUGCAGCCGCGCCGCUCAUCGCCAUGCUCGCAGAGCUGCCGUCGGAGGUGAUGGCGCGCCUGUGUGUUCGCUUCUUCCUUCCGAACCUCAGCGCCACACCGGAGUCGCCUCCUCCGCCCCCUCCGGAGGCGCCGCAGAAGGCCAGCCCAGCCGUUACUCUAGUCGCUCCGCCCACUCCGAUGGUCCUAGUCAAGGACAGCCUGCCGGACUCCCCCCUGCGCAAGAACAGCUUCACGUCAACGCUGUACAGCUCCGACUCUCCGCGAAAGGACAGCAUGGCGCCGACGCUCUACGACUACUCGCCCCGCAAGGACAGCUUCGCACCGUCGCUCUACGGCAAAGACUCGCCGCGCCGAGACAGUAUGGCGCCGACGCUCUACAAGUACUCGCCUCGGAAGGACAGCUUCGCCCCAUCGCUCUACGGCAAAGACUCUCCUCGCAGAGACAGCUUCGCGCCGACGCUCUACGGCACCGACUCUCCGCGCAAGGACAGCUUCACACCCAGCCUCUACGGCAAGGACUCGCCUCGCCGGGACAGCUUCGCGCCGACACUCUAUGGCACCGACUCGCCCCGCAAGGAUUGCUUCGCACCGACGCUGUACACGCCAGAAUCGCCGUACCGCAGGGACAGCCUCGCGCCGACGCUGUGCGAGCCGGCGAGCCCGUACCGCAAGGACAGCUUCACACCGUCGCUGCUCGCACCGCCCUCUCCCCUGCGACGCGACAGCCUCGCACCCACACUCUUUCCGCCACCAUCGCCUAUGCGAAGAGACAGCCUAGCAUUACCCCUACACCCUCCGCCUUCGCCCCUGCGCCGCGUCAGCGUGGCCCUGCCGUCGGUCCAGCCGCCUUCGCCGCUGGGGCCCGGCAACGACGGCCCUGGCAGCCCAAAGUAGCCUCGGCGGAGGCUCGUUCUGUAUCACACUCCCUAGACCUGCAUACCCAGCACCACUAUCGCCCGAAGCGGCACAUAGAGAAUAGACCACAGUCACCAGC